AUGUCUGGCAAUGGUCAAUAUGCACUGUUUCCGAGAUCAGAUAGCCAGAUCCCGCCAAUCAGAUACAAACUCACACAAACUCCUGGAGAGAGGGCCAAGCUUGUUCUAGUGAAUGAGGCUGCGAGUCUCGAGCCGAAGCCUCUCUACAAAGAGGUUUCGCGAGGUCGUGGAAUUGUUAGAGGACAUCGUCAGGAGCGUUCCGAUGUGUUACCGCUACGGAGUGUUGAGGAUCUCCGUUCAACACACGUCACCCAUGAGAAGCAAAGGUCGUUGUCUUCCAACCCAGGUAGACAGCGAUCGAUGGUUGCCCAGGAGAUUUACAGCCGGCCACGGGAUGCCAGAUCAGCAGAGACUCUACAGCAUGCCGUGUUACAACCAUUAUCUUACGAAGCACCACGAAAGACUUCAGUAGGUGACCCACUGGAAAAACUAGGAGCAAGAAUCAUGGCGAGAAAAAAUUCACGAGAUGAGACUCCUGCCGCUAUCAGAAAGACUUCGCGAGACGAUGGCUAUGUCUCAAUGCGGAAGGGCUCGCGAGAAGAGAGCACAGCACUAUUAAGAAAAGGCUCGCGGGACGAGACUAUCACCUCACGGGGCAACAACAAAGCAGAAGACUCAUCGGAUUCCACAAGGAGUACACCGCGGCUCCAACUUACUACUGUACCAGAGGCCCGCGACGAAUCUAUCAUGCAUCGAGGUCGCCCAAUAUCACGACGAGACAGCAAGAGAAGGGAUAAUACCGACCCCUUCUCUGGCAAUAUGAGCCCACGAUCACAAUCCGCAGCACCUACUUACACACUACCCCAAACUUGUUACGCGCCUUCAUUCUCUUCUGUUCAGCCGUCGNCCUUCCAAAAGUCUACGCUUACGCGCCCAUCUCUUCAUACAUCUGCAUCAACACCAUCUGUUCCCCGACUUCCUUCAAUACAAUCAACAUUAUCAGCACCUAACACUGCGCGUCCAAUCCUCCACCAAUCAUCCUCAGCAUCUGCUCGUCCUUCCCUUCAACCAUCACCCUGGGAGCCCAACCAUCCACGCAAAGACUCCCUGGACCCAGUUGGGUUUCGUACAGACGGGCCCUUUCGAGUCGUCCGUGCCCUGCGAGAAAUCGACAAGGGCUGCCUGCGUCUUUUCGAUGAAUGCGAAGCACUCCAACAAGACCGAAAGAUCCUACACACUGAGAUGUUAUCAGUAGUAAACAACAAAAACUUCAAUGCUGGACAUUUGGCCAUCAUCAGACAACAACAGCAAGAUCUAGUCGACCUGGAUACCAAAAUCGACGCUUGCAUGCACAACAUCAUGGAACGACAACGUCGCAAAACCAAACUCGUAGAUGGACUUCCAGAAGUUCAAGAAAUGGAUAAAGCGGAAGAAUUGAAGGAGAGAGUGGCUGCUAGAGAGGCAGAGGCUGCGGACAGCGUGACCAAUACUCCGGCUAGCAGAUCGGCUUCUCCUUGGGGUCCUCGAGAGAGUUCGUUGAAGACGACUGCUGUGCAAGCAAAUGGGUUGUUGUCGCCGCCUCCGUCGUUGAAGGUGCAACAGAGGGGUACGGUUACUUAUUCGGCCAUCAUGGACUUUUUAGAUGAGUUUGAUUGA